AUGGCAGACCGCCUCCGUAUAAUCGCGCAGCGACUAAAGGACAAAAUAAACUUAGCGCAAUUGAAUGUAACGAAUCGCGAAAAGGUCGAUCAACUUAUUACCAAAUACGUACCGGCUACGAAAGUUUCGGAAGUAGCGGAGAGAUUUAAAUACGAUAAUUUAACUAAAAAAGUACAAGAUUUAGUCACCAAAUAUGAAAAAUUCACGGGAGUCGAAGAAAUUAUGGCGAUACAAAACACGGUGAUCGACGCGCAGGACAAAUUCAUUGGUGCCCAAGAUCGUCGCCGUGACGUUGGUCGUCAGUUAGCCAACAUAGAAUCUAGACUGAAAGAAUUACAUGCUGAAAUGCAAAAUACUAUGAAGGGUGAUGAAAAAUACUUGCAGCUCUGCACAGAAGAGCACAAGCUUAUAAUACAAGAACGUGCCCUGCGGACCCUAUUCGCCGAUGCCGAGAAGGAAGAACGCGAGCUGUUCGCGACGAUGUCGGCCGCCGUGAAGCUGGGCCACGAGAGGGAGAGGGCGCACGCGGAACGCAACAAGUAUUGGUACAUCGUUGCCUCGAUUUUUGGCACGGUGCUCGGUAUAGCCGGUUCGACGAUAAACAAUCACCUGAAGAUGGCCGAGUUCAGGGACAUGAUGGAGCAGCAGAUGGCCCGGAGCGCGAGCGUCCUGUACACCAUCGCGGGGGGCGGGACCGCCAGCCGGGCCGACAUCACGGAGGCGAUGAAGACCGAGUUCGCUUACCAGGAACAAUUAGCCCAAAAUUUGAAGUUGAUGCAGGAGAAUAUAAAUCAUCUUGUCAGCAAGCAAACUUCCCUUAUCGAACACAUGCACAAUCAGGAGCAUUUAGUAGAAACUCAAAUGAAGGAUCUCAAACGAUUGAUAGUCACCGCCUCGCAGUCGAGCGCCAAGUCGGACGCGGAAAUAGCGAAGGCCCUCUCAGUCGUGCACCAAGAUCUCGACGAGGCUGACAAGGACCGCGACCUGGAACCGGCCAAGGUGUCGCUGGAGCCAAAUCAAAUCCUAACCGGCAUCGGCAUAAUAGUGUGCUUCGCGAUAAUAUUCGGCAACAUUCUGGGCAGAGUCAGUUGAGAUGUCAAUAUUCAGCCCGGACUCGGGAAGUUUGAUUUUGGAAUCCGGUCACAUUUUUUAUUUAUUUAUUUCGAUAAACGGUUUUGCCUUUUUAAGUCUUUUAUACUUUAGUUGUAAAACAUAUUAGCAUAAUAUCGAGGCAUUAUAGAGUUGUUUAAUCAGGAUUUUAGGUAAAUUUGUAUUUUUCUUUCUGCUAUGACGUGUCAUGUUUAAAUAAGAUUUAAAAAAUGUUGCCAGCCAUAGAUUUUUUAUUGCAUUGUUGGGGGAACCGACCUGUUAUUAAAUGAUUAGCGCAGCCUGUAGACCUCUUGCAUACUGCCACCCACCUUGUAACAUGAGGUCUAAGUGUCAAUUGUAUACUAUAACAGCUGCUCCACCCUUCAAUUCCGAACGUAACACUGCUUUGUGGCAGAAAUAGGCAGGGUGGUGGUACCGAGCCGUGAGGGUACACUGCCUUCCACCAAUGGUCCUGGCUUUGCUCCUAGCGCGACUGGCUGUAAAUCAAAUCAGAUUGACUAAAUUGCGAAAAAAAGUAAAAUUAAUAUAUUUUAUUUUAAUAACGAACUUCAUUUGUAAUCAUAAUCGGUUUCUUCUUUUGAUCUGCGUAACUGUCGAAUUUGUUUGUAGUGACGUUUAAUUUAGUGUUGCCAUCUUCGAAGUCGUUUUCCGUAAUUUACGGUAAAAAAGGGUAAGGAUUCCUUGGAUACAAAAUAGAAGGUGGAAUUAAGGAGCACAGUCUCUGUGUAUAAAAACUUUUCCGUCGAACGGUAACCAAUUAAGAUGGCGCCACCGUACCAAGAGGUGUCAUUUAAAAAAUAACGUCAAAUGUUAAAAUCAUUAAAUCGUUCAACUCUGCACACAUCGCUCCGCGUACAACUGUUACAUUUUAUUUUUAUUUUUUAUUGCCCUUGUAGGCAGACGAGCAAACGGCCCACCUGAUUGAUGGUGAGUGGUUACCGUCGCCCAUAGACUUCAGCAAUGCCAGGGGCAGAGCCAAGCCACUGCCUACCGUUGAAUUACCGUUUAUAUAUACACACCACUUGCUACGCUCGCAGUCCACUGGUGAUCUUCCGAAUGGUAAUUCGCUACCCACAGGUGGACACUAUUAAAUUUGCCCGACUUUUUGGCGGGAACGCGAGGAGUGAAGUUGUGUGAUU